CAUUUAUUUUCCAAAUGCUAAUGAAUUAACAAUUGAACAUUAUUUUAAAAUAUUUGAUGAUUCAAUAUCAACAAUUCUUAAUUGUAUUCUUCCUAUUAAACAAUUAACUAAAUUAAUUAUUAAAAGUUCUAAUUUUUCAUUUGAACAAAUUGUUAAUUUAAUACGUUUUACACCUAAUUUAUAUACAUUAAAAUUAGAUUUAUUAUCUUUUAAUGAAAUUAAUUUAAAAUUAAUUCAACAAAAUGAAACUUUUCAAUAUGUAUCAAAUACAAAUAAAAUAAAAACUAUAGAACUUCGUCAAUCCUGUACUUUAGAAAAUUUUCAAAUGAUUAUAAAUGUAUUUCUACAAGUUGAAUAUCUUAAAACUGAAAUGAAUAGAAAAGAAAUUAAUCAAAUUAUACGAUUUUUAUCUUCAAAAAUUAAUAAUAAAGAACAUUGUUUAUUCUUUUUGUGUAUUUCACAAAUACCUAAAGUAUGUUUACGAGAAUUAAAUCUUUUAAUUAAAUUAGAAAACUUAUUCAAUGAUUAUUCUAUUAAAUAUAUUGAUCGUGAUUUAUAUUUAUGGUGGUAG